UAGCUAUGACUGUUCCUCUUCCAAACAGAUUACUUGAACAAUCUCUCUCGCCGGCGACAACGUCGAAAUGGAAAGCGUUAGAGACUCUUCGGGCUUCAAGCUCUUCGGGGCGGUGAUUGCAACCGAUAAGAGAACGCUGGCGGCGGCGCCGGAGGAUGAUGACGUAGCGACGGAGGCGGCGGGGGAGGAAGAGGUUGACGUGGCGGCUUCGCUUCCGUGUCCUCGAUGCAAGAGCCAGGAGACGAAGUUCUGCUACUUCAACAACUAUAACGUGAACCAGCCCCGCCACUUCUGCAAGGCCUGCCACCGCUACUGGACGGCCGGCGGCACCCUCCGUAAUGUUCCCGUAGGGGCCGGCCGCCGCCGGAACCGGAUUGCGCCACCCGAGUUGCGUUGACUUUUCUCGUGUUGUGAAAGAAUUUGGGAUGUAAGGAAGUUUUGAAUAUUUUAUAAAAUAAUUUUGAA